GUUUCAUUGAAGAUCCAUGUGCUGUGCCAAAUGUACAUCAGCCCGUUCAGCGCAGUCGGCAGUGAUUUCUGUGGCUGUGUCACAAAGAUCAUUGGAGACCACGAGUGACCACAACCGUCACGAUUGGAAUAAACUGAUGCGUCUUCAGUGCAAGAUAUUACGUUCUAAGUGGAAGUGUAUGAGUAGUGGCUGUUCUUUAGGAAAUUAUUAGGAUCAUUCGAUUUCCUCAUAUUUUGGGAAAUUUCGUGAUAUUGUUCUGCUGUUUCAAGUUCUAGUUUGGAUUCUGCCAAACUUCGCAGCGCCCAUUCUGAGGGUGAUUUUUCUGGUAGAAUGCACAUUUUUACUGUUUUAUGACCUUUCUCGCCUGUUAGGCAUAGCUAAACCGACUUAUAAAGGAAGUCGUGAGAGCUGAUGGUCGAUGGUGAACUGGUUGAAGUUGCAGGGCGUACAAAUGCAUUUUGCGGCUAUGCGAUGUAAGUUUGUAGAGUAGGUUUGCGGUUUCUAGGACGUAGAUCCGUGCAGUAGGCUUUUACCGACGUUUUGGAAGCAAGAGGUUCAUUCAGAGUGGGUGAACUACCUGCCUUCAAAACUAAGCAACAGUCUGUUAAGGCUACACAACGUGUAAUAAGGCACUAAGCUUCAUAACCUCUGCCGGCCUCUGCUGUGAGAACAAUGAAAUGCACGGCACUCUAUAACUUCUAUAUCACUAUAGUUUUAUAUAUGUACAACUUCUAUAUCACAAGGAUUCUUGUAAAUCCAUUUUCCACCCACAAAAGCAUCGUGUGAUAAGAUAAAGGUUCAGCGUUAUGAAAGAUUCUGCACACUCUUGCAGCAGGAUUGCCGAGAAUCCUGCUACAGAGGGCUGAAGAAACAUUUCCCGCUGAGACGGAAUGGAUGCCAUGACUGAUAGAAAAUAUGAUGCCUUUACACAACUGUACCAAUUCAGAGAAAGUUUUUGUUGGUCCAUAUGGGAGAUAUACCCAGCAAGUCAUGAUGGAAACCAGGCCAUGAAUAUAAAAGCUGAGGCAGUCUCAGAUGCAGAAGAGGAAGUGGAUCCUCUGCAAAUAACAGUUCAGGAAGUAAAGGCUGAACCUGAGAGCUAUAGAAAUUCAGAGAACUCCUUAGUUAGUCCGUAUGGUGAGACAUACCCAACACCUCAUGAUGCAGAUCAGGCCAUGAAUGUAAAAGCUGAGGCAGUCUCAGAUGCAGAAGAGGAAGAGGAUCCUNCCCCAAAAAAAAAAUUUCUAGGCAACUGUAGUACGUUGAAUGUUGUAUGUGAUGUACCACUCCACUAA